AUGAAACUCUCGCCAAUAAGUGCAAGUGGUUCUAAAAAUCAUGAAAGUUUAACUAAUGACUUUAUAAAUUAUGAAAUUCCUGAUAAAUUCUCCUUUAAUAAUCGACAAGUAAAUGGUGAUAAUGGUUCUUGUCAGAUUAUUUCUGAACCAGAUCAUACGUUUCUUAAAAGUAAUGAUUUUGAAAACAAAUAUUUGGAAAUUUCUAAUUAUAUUCUUAUUGAAUCAAAACAAGGAAGAAUACCUCGAUGGUACACGUUUCUCAAAGACAAAAUCACUCUCCAAUCUCUCCAAUCCAAUACUGGACGCCUCAACAUUGAUCUAGGCCACAACUUAAUUCAAAAUUCACGGGUCCAGCGUCCCCGUCCUCCGCCUGUACAAUCUGAUCAUAUUACGCACAAAGGAAAAGCGAGUGGUUUGCAACCUGGGCCAACUCUACUUCAGACGCUAUAUAUCAAACUAUUAACUUCAACACACUUUGCCAACACUGCUCCCGUUAUGUAUCUUGAACAUUGGAUACCGGUUCCUGGAAUCAAUACUUCUAAUAAUAACAAUCUUACACCUAGAUCUCCCAAUAUCAUUUCCCCUAUUAUAUUGGCAACCAAACUCCGAAAUGCAUCUUCUUGA